GAUGUGGAGAUUUGCAGUAAUUUAUGUUUGGGGUUUACAAUUAGGUCGUUAUCCUGGAAUUUUUAAUAAUAGUGCGUGGACUUGUGAUUCUUUAAAUUUGCCAAAUGAAAUUGAAGAAACAUUUCCUGUUGUUCACAAAAUAUUUAUUUAUUUUAAACCAAAUCAAACAGAAAAUAAUACAAAAUAUCAGAUAAAUUAUGAUUUAAAUGAAAUGAUUAAAUCAAAAGAAAAAUGUUUAAGAACUCCCCCACCUCCACAAAUACAUGAAUUAUUUAAAAAUUAUAGAAAUCAAGUUAGAGAAUUAUUUACAUUUUCAAAUAAAGUUAGAACAAUUGUUGACAAAUAUAUUAACGAAAUAUUUAGAAAUGAUUCUUCCCAUAAAUUAUGUGUCCACACAAGAUUGGGUGACUUUGGCACAAUUAAAUGGCCUAAACAUCAUCCAUCAAGAAAGGAUUUUACAGAAGAAUCUACAAAAUUUGUUUUUAAUGAAAUAAAGCAAAUAAAUAAAAAUAAAGAAAUUUCUUUAAUUUUACUUGGAGCAGACAAGAAAUUUCUGUCAGAUUUAAAUUUUGAUGGAAUUAAUCCAAAAAGAGUGUUUAUACCCAAAAAUAUGCCUCGAGGACAAGAUAUUUAUUUUUCUACAAAAAUCUGUAAUUCUUUAAUAAUUACUGCAUCAGUCUCCACUUUUGGAUGGUGGAUUGGUUAUUUAUUAAAUGAUAUUAAAUCUCAAAUUUAUUUUUAUGAUGAUUUUGAUGAUAAUACAAUUUUUCAAAGAAAAGAUUUUCCUUCUGAAUGGAUUCCUCUUAAAUUUAAUUUAAAAACUAAACAAAUUAUUAAAGAAGGACAUUAA